GAUUUGGCUUUGUGUGAGAAUGAAAUUCUGGAAAGUGUUGGGGUUUUGGAAGCGGCAUAGACUUUAGUCUGCUAUGCUCACCAUCACAUAUGUGGUACCCCCUCGCCUGCUAAUGAAAUGGGCUUAACGAGUGAAUCCUUUGCAUUCCAUAGCCUUAGGGAAGACUUACUUUUAAUUAGAUUUUUUUCAUAUAAUAUAUUCUGAUCAUGGUUCCCCUUUUCCAAAAAUUCCUCCUAGGUCUUCCCCCAGCUCCUCAUCCACCAGAAUCCAUACCCUUUCUUUCUUAUUAGAAAACAAACAGGCAUCUAAAAACCUCAAAUAAAAGCCAAAACAGGCUGGACGUGGUGGCGCCCGCACGCCAUUCAUCCCAGCACUCGGGAGGCAGAGGCAGGUGGAUUUCUGAGUUCAAGGCCAGCCUGAUCUACAGAGUGAGUUCCAGGACAGCCAGGGCGACACAGAGAAACCCUGUCUCUAAAAACCAAAAAAAAAAAAAACAGUAUAAGACAAAAUAAACAGAAAAAACACACAUAAACACAGUUAGAGAGACACACAUUCUCACACACAGAAAUUCCAUGAAAACACAAAAUCAGACAGACACAUACACACACAAGAAUAUAUAUAUAUGCGUGCAUGCAUGCAUGCAUGCAAGCAAAAGACCUAUAAGGUUAAAAAAAUAAAACCCAAACCAACCAACCAACCAACCAAAAAACAAUGUCUGAAUUAUUUGUAACAAAACAAAACAACUCCCAAAAUACCUUCGAGUUUGUUUUCUGUGUCCUUAAGUGUGGUUUGUAUGCCUAGUGAGACAGUAGGACCCUUUGCUUGUUGGUUUCUUCCAUGCUCACAUGACUCCCAGGAGGCCACCGUGGGUAGGGAGAUUACAUGUUGGAAGUGAUUAGAAUAGCCAGAAAUGCCUUUUGAAGAGUAAAUCCAUCCCCUAAGGAGUCUUCCAAUUUGGCAUGGGUAUAGAGAUGUUUAUGAAAGAUAGUAUUGUAGCAAGUAGAGGAAUGGGCUCUUAAUUCUCUGCUGUCAGUAUGUUCAGACUUAGGAAUCGACUCCUUUGGUUAAAUUCUCUACAUUGUAACUCCCUCAUCAGGGAAAUGAAGAUGAUGCAUAAUCCUACCUUUUUGAGGUGCCUUGGAGGCUGAGCUGAGCAUGGCGAACACACAGGGCUGGGUGCCUGGGUCCUGAGUUUUCAUCACUUUCAUUGUUCAUUAUUUUUGUUGUUACUGUUGUCAUUUUCUGAUAUGGUCAUGCUUCUUGCCCUCCAACUUAGUUUUCGAAGGUAAGAUACAUAGAGACAUGGUAUUGAUGUUUUCAGUCAUUUAGCAAAUAGUUGAGGUAAUGCAAGGUAAUGAUGAUAUUUUUAUACUAUGACUUUAUGUGGAAGUCAAAGGAAGCAAGCGCUUCCUAACAGUAAGCGAGUCUGUCGGCGUGUGGCAUGGUCUCAUUACUACUUACCGUUUUGUGCUAAGCUGUCGGCGGGUGGCAUGGUCUCAUUACUACUUACCCACUCUGUGCCAGACAAGGGGUAAGCGGAAUCAUUGCUUUUCUUUUUCUUCUUCUUCUUCUUUUUUGUUAUUUUGUUUUUGUUUUUGAGGUCUUACUGUGUAGUGGGCUUGGAAUCCAUGUCCCUCUGCUUCCAAAAUGCUGAGACUAAAGGUGUGUGCUACCAGCUGGGCGUGGUGGUACACGCCUUUGAUCCCAGCACUCGGGAGGCAGAGGCAGGUGGAUUUCUGAGUUCGAGGUUAGCCUGGAAGCCUGGUCUACAAAGUGAGUUCCAGGACAACCAGGGCAAUACAGAGAAACCCUAUCUUGAAAAAACAACAAAAAAAGGUGUGUGCUACCAUACCUAGUAAUCAUUUGGUUUCUUGAGACGGUCUCAUGGAGCCCAGGUUGGCUUUGAACUCUCUAUGAAGCCAAGAUUGGCUUUGGACUACUGAUCCUCCUGCUGCCAUAUCUCAAGUGUGUGCCAUCAUGCUGAGCUUAUUUCUUAUUUUUCAAGAGUACUAGCUUCAGGCUGGAGAGAUGGCUUGGCCCUUAAGAGUAUGUGCUGCUUUUCUGAGGACCUAAGUUCAGCUCCCAGCUCUGUGUCAGGCAGCCUCAGAGGAUCUGAUACUUCUUUGACCUCUACAGGUACCUAUAGAUAUACUCCGCAAUACACACAAAUACACAGAGUUAAUAGAACUUUGUAAGAAUUAAAAGACAGUAGUAGUUCCCAACCCUGGACACACGGUGGAAUCCUGUAAAAAGGAAAAAGGCUAAACAAAACUGUGUCUCACCUCAGAUUGUGGAAACCAGAAUUGUAGACGCGUAGCGAGUAUUUAGAUGCUUCCAGCUAUUUCUGGUGUGUUCCAGGAUUGAUGUAUAAUAUGUAGUACCUUGUGAAUUUGAUGGCUACAGUUGUGGAUCGCCAGCCUGUCUGUGACUCAGAAUCCGGUAAAGAAGUAGAAAGGGCUUCUUCUGAGGGACUGGGGGAACUGAGGGAAGGAGGCUACCUUCCCUUCCGUACCUUUAGAAACAUUUUUCUAAGAAAAUUCAGUGUCAAGUAGAAAUAAUAAAAGAUGGCUUAAGAGCCAGUGAGAUGGCUCUGUGGGUAAAGGCGCCUACUGCAGAGCCUGAUUACUGGAGUUGGAUCCCUGGAUCUCCAAGGUGGAAAGAGAGAACUGAGUCCUAGUGAUCCUCCAACUUUCACAUUUGUGCCAUGGUGUGGUGCAUCCACACAAAAUAAACAAUGGUCUGUAUAAAACACCUCCUGCCGAGGAAAUAUGUUAUCAGAGGCACAUGAAACUUUACCAUCACAAACAGCAAAGGAUGAGAACAACUUGGCUAUUUGCAUUGUUCAAGUAAUGAGUUGGGGCAUAGCAUUGUGUGAACUUAGUUCUGGAAGCCCGAGCUGUCUUCAGACAACAGUUGGUCACAUGCCAGAGAGACAUUGCCAUUGCUUGUUCUCUCUCUCUCUCUCUCUCUCUCUCUCUCUCUCUCUCUUUUCAAAAUGAGGUCUUAAUCUAUAAUGCAGGCUAAACUGGAACUUGUCCUGAGGAACUACAUUCUAGGCAUGUGAACACCUUGUCAGGAAGAGAAAUAAUUCCUUAACCUACGCAUUUCUUUGGAUGCUUGCUUUUGUUAAACUUUUUGGUUGUAGUUUUUAAAAAAUUCUUUGAUAGUUUCAUACAUGUCUGUAAUGUAUUUUGAUCAUAUUUACCUCCAUUACUCUCUUAUCCCUCUGGAUCCCUUCUUUCCAGUACGUCCGUCCUCUUUGAAUGUCUUUUCUUUUUAAAUAACCCACUGAGUUUAAUGAGUGUUGCUUCUGUGUGCACAAGUGUGAGCUUAUUCACUAGAUUUUUGGCAAUUUACUAGUGGUGACAUCCCUAAAGUCCCCUAUCUAGCAGUUUGACUGCCAGGGACAAGGCCUUUUGAGUACCUUUCCCCUCUCCAUGUUAGGAUGUUGACGGGCUUGAUUGUAUGCAGGGCUUAUGUCUUAAGUCACUUUUUCUAUUGCCGUGAAGAAACCAAGGCAACUCUUAUAAAAGAAAGCAUUUAAUUGGGCCUGGCUUACAGUUUAAACGUGUUUAGUCCAUUAUCGUCAUGGUGGGAAGCAGACUGACGUGAUGAUGGAACAGUAGCUGAGCACUGAUCCAGAGGCUACAGGGAGGGGCUUUUGAAACCUCAAAGGCCAUCCCCAGUGACACACCUUCACUUAUUAGGCCAUACCUUCCUAACCCUUCCCUCAACAGCCUACCAACUACGGACUAGACAUUGAAAUAUAUGAGCUUAUGGGGUCCAUUCUUAUUCGAACCACCACAUCUUGCAAAGGUAACCAUAGUUGCUUUGAGUUCGUGAAUGCAAUGGCCAUGUUGUGUCUAGGAAACAGUGUUUCACAAUAUUCAAUUCCUUCCACUAGCACUUAUGUUUUUCAUCUCCUUCUGUGAUGUUCCCUGGGCUUUGGAGCAGUUUAGAGGUGUUCACGUAAACACAACUUCCCCACAUCAAGUCCCACCUUGCUGAUUAAGGGCAUGUUUACAACAUUUGGAAUGGAGCAGUGUCGGAGGGAUGACUAUGACCCUGACUCAAGCCUAGAAUUCAGUGAAGAAGAGAUCUACCAACAGUUCCUAGACUUCUAUUAUGAUGUCCUGCCUGAAUUCAAGAGUGUGGGAAAAGUGAUUCAGUUUAAGGUCAGCUGCAACCUGGAACCUCAUCUGAGGGGCAAUGUGUAUGUUCAGUACCAGUCGGAAGAAGACUGUCAAGCAGCCUUUUCUGUUUUUAAUGGACGAUGGUAUGCAGGACGACAGCUCCAGUGUGAAUUCUGCCCAGUGACCCGGUGGAAAAUGGCAAUUUGUGGCUUAUUUGAAGUCCAGCAGUGUCCAAGAGGAAAGCACUGCAACUUUCUUCACGUGUUCAGAAAUCCCAACAAUGAAUAUAGGGACGCUAAUAGAGACCUCUACCCGUCUCCAGAUUGGACUAGCUCCUCCUUCGGUAAGAAUUCAGAGAGGAGGGAAAGGGCCAGUCACUAUGAUGAAUACUAUGGCAGGUCAAGGAGGAGGAGGAGGAGCCCGAGUCCCGACUUCUACAAGAGAAAUGGCGAGUCUGACAGGAAGAGCAGUAGCAGACACAGGGUGAAGAAAUCUCACAGAUAUGGAAUGAAGAGUCGUGAGAGGCGCAGUUCACCCAGUAGAAGAAGAAAGGACCACAGUCCGGGCCCCUGGAGCCAGAGCAGGAGGAGCCACCGCAGCAGGAGUCGCAGUCGCAGCCGCAGCCGCAGCCGCAGUCGGACCCGUAGCCGAAGCCGGGGCCGGGGCCGGAGCAGGAGCCGGAGCCGGAGCAGGAGCAGGGGCCGGAGCAGGAGCAGGGGCCGGGGCAGCGGCAGGGGCAGGGGCAGGGGCAGGGGCAGGGGCAGGAACCAGAGCAGGAGUUGGAGUCAAAGCCGGAGCCGGAGUAGUAGCUCGUCAAGGUCCAGAAGUCGUGGCAGGAGGUCAGGUAGUAGAGACAAAACCACCCAGAGUCCCAAAUCUAAAUAAACUUGGUUGUUUUUAAA